UCUCUUGGCGGGCGGAAGCAGCUAAACCCGCAGGAUCCAAAAGGCUCAGAGGGACCCUCCCCACUCGCCGCUUCGCCAGCGACCUUAGGUGGGCAUUUUUGUCCCGGUGCCUGGCCGUGCUCUGUCCCGCUCUCCGCUCCUCAGGUUUAUUUUUUUGUAAUUUUGGGUAAAAUUCCCGAAGAACUAUGAAAGAUUAUGAUGAACUUCUCCAGUACUAUGAAUUAUAUGAAACUAUUGGGACAGGUGGCUUUGCAAAGGUCAAACUUGCCCGCCAUAUCCUCACUGGAGAAAUGGUAGCUAUAAAAAUCAUGGAUAAAAAUGCACUAGGGAGUGAUUUGCCCCGGAUCAAAACAGAGAUUGAUGCCCUGAAGAACCUGAGACAUCAGCACAUAUGUCAGCUCUACCAUGUGUUAGAGACCGCCAACAAAAUAUUCAUAGUUCUUGAGUAUUGCCCUGGAGGAGAGCUGUUCGACUACAUAAUUUCCCAGGACCGCCUGUCGGAGGAGGAGACCCGGGUCGUCUUCCGUCAGAUCGUCUCUGCAGUGGCUUAUGUGCACAGCCAGGGCUAUGCUCACAGGGACCUCAAACCAGAAAAUUUGUUGUUUGAUGAAUAUCAUAAAGUAAAGCUGAUUGACUUUGGUCUCUGUGGGAAACCCAAGGGUAACAAGGAUUACCAUCUACAGACAUGCUGUGGGAGUCUUGCUUAUGCAGCGCCCGAAUUAAUACAAGGCAAAUCAUAUCUGGGAUCAGAGGCAGAUGUUUGGAGCAUGGGCAUUCUCUUAUAUGUGCUUAUGUGUGGCUUCCUACCAUUUGAUGACGAUAAUGUCAUGGUUUUGUACAAGAAGAUCACGAGAGGUAAAUACGAGGUUCCUAAGUGGCUCUCUCCCAGCAGCAUUCUGCUUCUUCAACAGAUGCUACAGGUGGACCCAAAGAAACGGAUUUCUGUGAAAAACCUAUUGAACCAUCCCUGGGUCAUGCAAGAUUACAACUGUCCUGUUGAGUGGCAAAGCAAGAAUCCUCUUAUUCACCUUGAUGAAGAUUGUGUAACGGAACUUUCUGUGCAUCACAGAAAGAACAGGCAAACAAUGGAGGAUGUGAUUUCAUUGUGGCAGUACGAUCAUCUGACAGCUACCUAUCUUCUGCUUCUAGCCAAGAAGGUUCGGGGAAAGCCAGUGCGUUUAAGGCUUCCUCCUCUUCCCUGCGGACAGGCCAGUGGCGCCCUGCUCACAGACGCCAAGUCAAAGAACCUGAGUCUAGAAGAUGUGACCACAAGUGAUGGAAAUUUUGUGGCUGGAUUAAUAGACUAUGAAUGGUGUGAAGACAAUUUAACAACAGGUGUGGCUACUCCGCAAACUCCACAGUUUGCCAAGCAUCGGACAGAAUCAAAUGGUCUGGAAUCUAAAUCAUUAACUCCAGGUUUAUGCAGAGCAUCUGCCAAUAAAUUAAAGAACAAAGAGAAUAUAUAUACUCCUAAGUCCUCUGUAAAGGAUGAAGAGUGCUUUGUACUUCCAGAGCCAAAGACUCCGAUUAAUAACAACCAGCAUAAAAGAGAAAUACUCACUACACCAAAUCAUUACACUACACCCUCUAAAGUCAAAAACCAGUGCCUGAGGGCAACCCCAGUCAAAAUGCCAGUAAAUUCUGCAGGAACCGGUGUCAUUAGCCCUGAGAGGCGGUGUCGCUCAGUGGAACUGGAUAUCAACCAAGUGCAUGUAGAGGAUACUCCAAAAAGAAAAGGGACCAAGGUGUUUGGCAGCCUUGAAAGGGGGCUGGAUAAGGUUAUCACUGUGCUUAGCAGGAGCAAAAGGAAGGGCUCCGCCAAAGGAGGGCCGAGAAGGCUAAAGCUUCACUAUAAUGUGACUACAACCAAAUUAGUGAAUCCAGAUCAACUCUUGAAUGAAAUAAUGUCUGUUCUUCCAAAGAAGCACGUGGACUUUGUGCAGAAGGGCUAUACACUGAAGUGUCAAACACAGUCAGAUUUUGGCAAAGUGACAAUGCAGUUUGAACUGGAAGUAUGCCAACUUCAAAAACCCGAUGUGGUGGGUAUCAGGAGGCAGCGGCUAAAGGGGGAUGCCUGGGUUUACAAGAGAUUAGUGGAAGACAUCCUGUCUAGCUGCAAGGUGUGACCGGUGGGCGGUGUCCAUGCUGCUGGGUGGGUGUGGGUGUCACACAGAGACUGGGUGGUUGGUUCCAUUUUCAGAGUCCACUGGAACGGCAAGCUCGUUUCUGAAGAGCCGUCUUAAAGACCGAUGUAUUUUUGUUUUGAAACAAAAGAUACUAUUUUGCAGACGAAUCUAAGGCCAGCCCAUCUGUCAUUAUCUGUUCUGUCUUUUUUAAUCAUAUGGCUCUGUAUAUUAAUAACUGUUGACUUUACGAGAUUCACUUCCAUGUGAUGUAGGCUUUUAACUACGUCUCCUUUUAAUGUGUAAUUUCUUUCUGAAAUAAAACCAUUUGU